CUUGUGCUUAAAAAACGAUGUCACCUGUCCCUGUGACAGAAAAAUCGUCUACGAUUUCAAAUCACCUAGUAGAAGGAUCAAGCCUAUUGAUUGUCUCCAAAAUCUCAGUCUGUGGGAUCAAAGUACAUGCUACAAGUGGACAUGGCAAAAGGUUAAUUUUUGACAGUUCAAGUGUUCUUUUUCAAAAGUGUGGAUGGUGUUGGAUGAUUUCCGGACAUCCUACUUCUUGCAUAAUUUGCAGACCAGCACAAACGAAGAUAGAUGUUUCUUCAAAUAAGUAUUAUUUUUGGGUGGAUAGUCAAAAGUAUACUAUAAAACUACGCAAUUUUUUAUUCGACUUCGUUGGAUGGUAUUGCUAUGCCUUGGUCCUGUUUUCCGUUUACCACGUCAAGUGAAAUGCCAAUAUCCGUCAGUAAACGACUACACUUUCCAGUGACCCUGUUGAAUUACUGUGAGUAACUCAGUAGUGCUCAGCACCAAUACUAUUUCACUGCACGUUGUAUUCUUAUGCAUUGUUACUGGAGCAGUUCGGGAGCCUAUCACUCUCAAACCAAAAACCACCGGAAAGCAGCUUAGAGGUGCGUUAAUGAAUAUCUGAGAUAGCUUGAAAAAUUCCAUUGCUUGGCAACGCUGGCUCACCAGCAAGUUCUCCUGUUGACAGUCCAGUUGUCAAAAUACGUCAUUUUUAAGUGCAUAAAUACGUAAUACGUCAGUGUCAAUAUUAUUUACAAUAGAAAAUUUAUUUAUGGUGUGAAUUAAAAACAUAGAGAAAGUGUAGAAUAAUAAGGUGAAAAAAUGUCGUUUUUGUCGAACGCCCUAAUCGGCAACCCUUUUCAAACGCCCGUGGGAAGCAAAAUAGAACAAGCCACAGAUGGAACCCUAGCAUCAGAAAAUUGGGCCUUAAACAUGGAGAUUUGUGAUCUAAUCAAUGAGACUGAAGAUGGGGCUAGGGAUGCAAUUAAAGCCAUAAGAAAACGUUUGUCUCAAAAUGCAGGCAAAAAUUAUACAGUGAUAAUGUAUACUCUGAUAAUAUUGGAGACCUGUGUUAAGAAUUGUGGCAAAAGGUUUCAUGUGCUUGUUUGUAACAAGGACUUUGUUCAGGAGUUGGUGAAAUUGAUAGGACCAAAGAAUGACCCCCCAACAGCUGUCCAAGAGAAAGUAUUGAGUCUAAUUCAGUCUUGGGCCAGUGCAUUCCAAAAUCAACCAGAAAUGAGUGGUGUUCUUUCUGUGUAUCAAGAUUUGUUGGCCAAAGGCAUUGAAUUUCCAGCAACAGACCUUGACUCAUUAGCACCUAUACAUACCCCCAAAAGGAGUGUAGCCCCAAAACCAGUAAGUGAACCUCCCUUGCCAGCUCCAAAUCAACAGUUUCCCCAACAACAGUCUGUGGUUGGUGGCAUGGGUGAUCAGGAAGAUGAAAUUGGAGAUCUCACUCCUGAACAGAGAGCAAAGCUGCAAUCAGAAUUGGAUGUGGUGAAGAGCAACAUGGCUGUUCUUGGGGAGAUGCUUUCUGAGGUCAAGCCUGGAGAGGAGCAACCUGAUGAACUUGAGUUUCUCCAGGAACUGCAUUCAGUAUGCCAACAGAUGCAAAAACGUCUGGUAGAAUUGAUCAACAAACUUCCAAACGACGAUGGGCAGUUUCAGGAGCUACUACGGUGUAACGACGAUCUGAACAACCUAUUUCUUCGGUACAGUCGCUGGGAGAAAAACCGAGAGGCGUUUGCAAAACAGAGCGCCUCAUCGGGAAUCGCAGCCGGGCCAAGUCCCAGCAAGAGGGCCCCAGCGUCCGCCGGGGAUAGUCUGAUUGAUUUUGGAGAUGACGUCGCUGAUAAGAUGGGCAAACUUGAUCUUUCGGCAAGCAAAAAGGAUGCAAUUAUGGACAAAUCGAAAAAGGAGUCAGAUGAAUUUGAUAUGUUUGCCCAAUCAAGGAACACUUCGUAUGAGACAGCAAAGAAAAGUGGGAGUAACUACAAAGACAACAUUAACCCCGACCAAGUAGCUGGCGGCCUGAGCUCAGUGACAGAAGGCAGAACUUUUACUAGUGACGAUACCGAUUUUGACGAAAUUGAAAAUUGGCUCGGUAAUGGUGGUAAAACGACAGGCGGUGCGGAAGAAUCAGUGACCAGUAGCGAUUUCGAAAGAUUCUUAGCGGAAAGAGCGGCAGCAGUGGACAAUCUUCCAGUGAUAAGCUGUACUACAAACAGUACCAAUGCACCUUCCUCCGAAGGAACAAAAGACAAAAAGAAAACUGAGGCGCCCUUAUCGUGAAUCUAAGAGGCAUUAUUUUUUCUAUGAAUGAUAUCUAUUCUCUAACUACCCCAUAUUAAGAGCUCAAGCAUUGCUAAACAGAUUUUGGUAGUUCCGGCAAGAAUCUGAGAUCUUGUGUCGAGAAAUAAUAUAAAACCGUUUAUAAGCGUAUUCCAUCUGAAGAUAGCCAAUCGUAUGCACUGCUUCUUCAGGCGUUGAUUGACUUAUUACACCUGAAAAUACUCAAUCUAAAUACGCACUAGAUGUGUGCCAAAAAGGGAAGGAGGACCCUAGCGUCAUGUAUGAAAGAGUAGCAGACCCAAACACUAACUCUUUACAACGUAGGUUUAUAAUUCAUUUCUGUGUUCUGCUCCUACUCUCAUGGAUGGCGCUAGGAUCUUUCAGGUCCUUUUUUGAGCGCCAAAAUGCAGUAUAUUGUUGGUUAUUUCCAGGUAGAAUACGUUUACCAAUGAUAAAACUGAUCUUUCAUAUAUAGGGAAAAUUGGGUGAUAAGUUUUUUUGAUAAAAAAAAGUCUGAUACUUUGAUUCAUUCAUGGCAGAGCUUUGAACUGCAAAAAAGAUCAGAAAUAAUACAUCAAUACAAUGUUUUUGAUGAGUAGUCAUUUUCCAAAACGCCAAAUAUUUUUCUAAUUUGUGAUCUUUGUGGCUUAGCAGAUCGACUUUUGAUAAACGUGAUUUACCAUGUUGCAACCAUUCUUAAUUUGGGGUGAUAUGAUUUUAUGGGAGUGUUUUACUAGGAUUUGAAAGUACCAAAGUCUAAGAGAAUAUUACAAUUUACAAAAGCCUCCAAAAUGAAGUAGAUCUGCAGUUAUUACUUCACGUUAUAGACAGUGAGGUCUGAAAAUGUUGUUUCUCAAAACCUAUAGUAUUCUACUCUUCUCUGAGCUUAUUCCUCAAUUUAGACAGAUGUAAUUUGGCUUCUAGAUGGAGCAGCUCCUUUUGAAACACUCUGAUUCGAUUACCGAUACUUAUAUUUAAGGCUAGUUACUGUAACAUGUACUUACUGACACAAGUGGAUACAUAUUUAAUGCCAAAUAUUUGAAUUUAUUCGAGAGCGGUAAGUUAUAAAUUGCAUUCCAAUUUGUUACGUCAACUUGAUGUUUUAAAUAGUAUAAGUUGGUACCAGAUGUGAUUUUUCAAAUGGUAAAACAAGUCUGUGCGAAAAUACCAGUUGGUAACAGCAUUGAAUAACGUAUUGUACCUGAAAAAAGUUAUCCUGAAAGUAUAUUCCAGUGUCCAAAAAAUUGUGCGAGAUGAUUUGAGAUUCCAGGACGUCAUCUAUAAGACACCAAGCUUUUCAAAGUAGAUUCCUAGUUAGUGCGGAGAGGAGAAACAGCUGUGACAAAUUCUCAUAGAUGAGGCCCGGGUAUCUCACUUCUCUUCAGACAAUUUUUUUUUAAGCUAGAUUAUAGCAUUAGGUUGCAUAUCUUCUGGUAGAAUACGUUAAUAAAUGGUAACAGUGUGAUUUUUGUCUAUGUGCUACAGCGUUUCUCUCGUGGUGAGGCUUAUACAGGGUGGCCGAUGUGUAACUGACUGGUUUGUAUCUUGAAUAUUUGUGAAAUGAAAUAAAAUAAAACCUAGAAAUUAUGUAUGAAAAAUGAUAUUAGUCAAAUGUCCGCCUCUAGAAGCCGCGCAAACCUGAGUCCUGUUGAUUACAUUUUCCAUCGAUUACAUUUUCUAUCGAUUAAAUUUUCCAUCGAUUACAUUUUCCAUCGAUUACAUUGUCCAUCGAUUACAUUUUCCAUCACUUUUUGGUAGGUUUCGGGAGGAAUAUUUUCAACAGCUUCCGUAAUAUUGUUCUUGAGCUGCUCUACAAUAUUUGGUUUGUUAGCAUAAACCCUAUUUAUCAAAAAUCCCCAUAAAAAAAAUCAGGAGCCGUUAAAUCCGGUGACCUUGGUGGCCAGUUGACAUUACCAAAUCGAGAAAUUAAACGUCCCGGAAAUAUUGUUCGCAAAAGAUUUAGGUUAAAUUGUUGGAUUUGAGGAGCCAGAAACUUUUGCACCAUAUCACGGUAGCGCUCGCCAGUGACAGUAAGAGAAUUACCUGCAGCGUCUUCAAAGAAGUAAGGACCAAUGACACCUCCAUACCAAACACCGCACCAAACUGUGACUCGACGAGGAUGUAGUUGUCGUUGAUAGAUGACACGCGGGUUCUCUAAUGCCCAGAUACGACAAUUCUGCUUAUUAACAAAUCCGUUCAUAUCCAAAUGGGCUCCAUCGUUCAUUGUCAGUUGUCGGCAAAAAUCGUUAUUUUGGGAUUAAGCUGCAACUAGGCUGUAGUUCUUAGGUUAACUGAAUUUUGUAUGGCCGCAACUGCAAGUCUUUUUCUAAAAUAGUGCAUGAUGACGUGCGACGAAUACCCAGUUCCUCAUUACGAUGUCUGGUAGACGUCUCAGGGCGCUCCACUACACUUUCUCGAAAUCUCUUUGUAUUUUCCGGAGUACGAACGGUUCGAACACGGCCUGACCUUGGCAAGUCUCUAACUUCACAUUUUUGGUCAAAUUUCCACACCAACUGACAAAUAGUGUUGACACUGGUCACAUUAUUUCGACCGAAAUCUUGUCGUGGCUUCCGAAUCAUUGCAACAAUCGACUCAUUAUUUAAGUAAAACGUUUUAACAAUACGGACGCGUUGUAGGAUUAUGUAGCGCUUCAUGAUGAAUUGGACACAAGUGCUUUAAACAACUACUACGGUCACAUCUACUGAAAUGCGUGUAUCAAAAAUGGCGCGCAAUUUAAAUCAGUCAGUUAUAUAUUGGCCACCCUGAAUUUGAAUUCUUGGUUCUAGAUCAUAUUUGAAUGUAUUUCACGAGGUUUGUUUUUUAAGUAAGAACCGUUUUGUAAUGAAGUCUGAGAAGGUUUAUUUAUGAAUAUCACAAACUAAAAUAUGAAUAUUUUUUUUACUUUUCAAUAUAGUCACCAUAAAUAUUUAAACAGUUUUCAAGUCGUGACACCAGCAUUUGGAUCCCGUCCUCAAAGAACGCUGCCGCCUGUCCGUUAAAUCAGAUAAUAACUGUUUAUUUCAACAUCAUAAUUUUUCAAGCACUUUCCACUAAGAAAUUAACUAAGUUUUGGAAAAAGAUGAAAGUUUGAUGCUGCUAAGUCAGGGCUGUUUGGUGAAUGAGCCAAUGAUUCCCAACGAAACUUGUCCAGUUGCGUCUGCGUUCGUGCCACAACGUGAGGCCGAGCGUUGUCGUGAAGUAAAACGACCCUGUUAGAGAGCUGGCCCCGUUUACGGUUUUAAAUAAACUUCAACACGCUACCUGUGAAUUUCUUUAGGACGAACUUUUUUGCACGUAAAAACCGAGCGCACUUCACAAUCAGUGGCUUACUGAUUAACAUGGUGACAAGCAAAACAGGUAUCACAAAACCAACUCCGAUAGAGAAGUGAAAAGUAGUGGCGAUGUAGUGAACGGCCAAGGGUAUCUGAGGUUAAACGGAAGUCACAUGACAAGAUGUGCAAUAGGUUCUUACUUUAAAACUAGCCCUCAUACUUCCCAGGCAAGUGAGGAAAGUAUUGCGGUAGUGAAAAUGUUUUGCUCUUGCAUUUUUUUUACUUUUGUUGCAUCUACAUCUACUGCUUAUAGAAACAGACAGAAUAUAGAACAAUAUUCACUUCUUAAACCACAAACAUUUGUAAUUUUAUGUAUUCUUAAUGCGUGUACGUUUUAAAAGUAUUAACGUAGGAUUUAAAGUUAUCGUCAGAUCAAUUUUCUUUAUAAUAUAAUAUAAACGUAUUAUUAAUAUAUAUUAUGAAUAAAUGAUUGUGUAUCUUCAUGUGUUGUGUACAGUAUGGAAUAAUUUCUGUAAAUAGAUGUUACAUAUUAUAUUUUAUUUUGUUGAUAUAUGGAUAAUAUAUGUAUUUGGAGAUUUAUUUACAAUAUUUAUAACUUGCUAUUGGUAUGUACAUAUCCAAAUAAACGAUUAAAAAAC